AUGAGCGGCAUCGACAUGGACACACUGCCUGGGCAGUUCAAGCAAGCGGUCGAGGCGAUCCGGGCCGCUGUUCCCUCCGAGCUCGCCGCGCCCAAGUGGGGCAUCAUCUGCGGAUCUGGGCUGUCUGGGCUGGCUGGGUCGCUCGAAUCGGUGGUGCACGUUCCAUACACGUCGAUCCCUGGAUUCUCGGAAAGCACAGUCGAGGGCCACCAGUCGUCGCUGGCGUUUGGCUACAUCCGUGAGGGCGAGGCCAAGGUGGCGGUGGUGGCGUGUUUGGGUCGCUUCCAUACGUACGAGGGCCACAGCGCUGCAGCGUGCGUAUUCCCCACGCGUGUGAUGAAGCUGCUGGGCGUCGAGGCGCUCGUGGUCACCAAUGCGGCGGGUGGACUCAAGGACUCGUUCCAGGUGGGAACGAUCAUGGCCAUCCACGAUCACCUCUCGCUCCCCACGCUUACCUCGAUGAACCCACUGAUCGGAGCGAAUCUGGCGUUUGGACCCAGGUUCCCGCCGCUGUCGAAUGCGUACGAUCUCGAGCUGAGGCUGGCGCUGUACAGGGCAGCGCAGAAGCUGGGUCUGCAGGAUUCGCUCCAGUCCGGAAGCUAUGCCUACGUGAUGGGACCCUCGUACGAGUCGCGUGCCGACGCCCGAUUCCUCAAGACCGUAGGCGCCGAUGCAGUCGGAAUGAGCACCGUGCCCGAAGUCAUCGCCGCCGCCCAUGCGGGCAUCAAGGUGCUCGCCAUCUCGCUCAUCACCAACAAGGUGGUGCUCAAACCCUACUUUGACUUUGAGGCCGCCCUCGCCGCCGAAGCCAACGGCGGCCCCAAGGCAGAAGACGCCGUCAAGCAGACGCUCAAGCAGGAUACCGCCGAAGCCGCCAACCACGCCGAAGUGCUCGAAGCCGGUGCCGCGCGUGCGGAAGAUAUGCGCAGACUCGUCGCCCUCGUCGUCACUUCCACCACGCUCUAA